AUGGCUGAUUCUAAUCAAAAAGAAAAUGGUGGUGGAUUGAAACAACCUGAUUACGAGAUUCAAAAAACACAAUUGGCUGGUGAAUUGAAAUGUAUACAACAAUUAUUAAAAGAUAAAACCGAACAAAACACACAAUUACAAACAAAUUAUAAUGCUCUUCUUGAAAA